CAGGCUUAUUUGGUCACCAUGAAGCUGCUGCAUCUGCCCUUCCACAGCUGCUUCCUGCUUACUCUACUCAGCUUAUGGAGAACUGUCCCCAGGGUUCACACUUUGUCCACAGGGACACCAGCCAUCAGUGCUGCCUCCUUCCUGCAGGACCUUAUGCAUCGCUACGGUGAUGAGGACAGCCUCACUCUACAGCAGCUGAAGACCCUACUCAACCACCUGGAUGUGGGAGUGGGCCGAGAUAACAUCACCCAGUCCAAGCAGGCUCAGAGGAACCUCUCAAGGUGCUUCAGUUCUGGAGACCUCUUUACUGCCCACAAUCUUAGUGACCAGUCACGGAUUGGGAAAAGUGAAUUCCAGGAGUUCUGCCCCACCAUUCUCCAGCAGCUGGAUUCCCAGGCCUGCACCUCCGAGAACCAGGAAAAUGAGGAGAAUGAGCAGACAGAAGAGGGGAAGCCAAGUGCCAUUGAAGUGUGGGGCUUUGGUUUCCUCAGUGUGUCACUGAUUAACCUGGCCUCUCUCCUGGGAGUUCUCGUCCUGCCCUGCACUGAGAAAGCGUUUUUCAGCCGUGUGCUCACUUACUUCAUCGCGCUGUCCAUUGGAACGCUGUUCUCUAACGCGCUCUUCCAGCUGAUCCCAGAGGCUUUUGGUUUCAACCCUCUGGAAGAUUAUUAUGUUUCGAAGUCUGCAGUGGUGUUUGGGGGCUUUUACCUUUUCUUUUUCACAGAGAAGAUCUUGAAGAUGCUUCUUAAACAGAAAAAUGAGCAUCAUCAUGGACAUAGCCAUUAUGCCUCUGAAACACUUCCUUGCAAGAAGGACCAGGAGGAGGGUGUGACGGAGAAGCUACAGAAUGGGGAUCUGGACCACAUGAUCCCUCAACACCGGAACAGCGAGCCAGAUGGCAAGGCCCCCAUGAUGGAUGAAAAGGUCAUUGUGGGGUCACUGUCUGUCCAGGACCUGCAGGCUUCCCAAAGCACAUGUUACUGGCUAAAAGGUGUCCGCUACUCUGAUAUUGGCACUCUGGCCUGGAUGAUCACCCUGAGUGAUGGCCUCCACAAUUUCAUCGAUGGCCUGGCCAUUGGUGCCUCCUUCACUGUGUCUGUUUUCCAAGGCAUCAGCACUUCAGUGGCCAUCCUCUGUGAGGAGUUUCCACAUGAACUAGGAGAUUUUGUGAUCCUGCUCAAUGCUGGGAUGAGUAUCCAGCAAGCUCUCUUCUUCAACUUUCUUUCUGCCUGCUGCUGUUAUGUGGGCCUGGCGUUUGGGAUCCUAGCCGGCAGCCACUUCUCUGCCAACUGGAUCUUCGCACUGGCUGGAGGAAUGUUCUUGUAUAUUGCUCUGGCUGAUAUGUUCCCUGAGAUGAAUGAGGUCAGCCAAGAGGAUGAGAGGAAGGGCAGUGUCUUGAUCUCCUUUGUCAUCCAGAACCUAGGCCUCUUAACUGGAUUCACCAUCAUGCUGGUCCUCACUAUGUAUUCAGGGCAGAUCCAGAUUGGCUAGAGCCCUGCCAAGAGCCAGUGAGCUUGGAAGUGGGACCCUUGGCUGCCUGAUCCCUGGCCUGAGGACUCGGCAUCCAUGAAGGCCCACAGAAGAAGCAAUUUUAUUAAGAACUAUAACACAGACUGUAUUCCUGCAUUCAGAUGUCAGCUGUUUUUAAAAUGCUCAGUCCUAGGAAUCUGGUAACCAGUCUCUAGGUAGUGCCUCUCAGCCUUUCCUACCCUCUUUUCCCAGAGCAACUCUGGAAUGGAAUGCAACUUAGAAGACAAGCCUCACUUUUUUCUCUGGUUACCCUGACCUCUUACUCUUUGAACCACUGCUGAGAGGUUUUGAAUCCUUUAGCAUACAUGAAAAACAUAGCCAGGGGUCAUAACUUGGUUAGAAAUAUCAGGAGCUAAAUGUGUAGUUUGGGGCCCAUGAAUCUAAAUAUCACCCUGGACCUCAAGAUGGUCCAU